AGGCAUGGCCCUCUCAAAAGCCUAAGGGCAAAGAACAGUGUCUCCUCAACCUCUCCAAAGUCCAUUACAGUACCAGUCUCCAAUUCAAACACAAACACUGUCAGAUCAGAUUCUGUUUAUAUAAUAUAUUCUAAGGCUACUUGAGGUUGAAGGGCACCACUACUCUGUCUUUUGGCUAACUACCCCACAUGGCUCUCCUCCACAAGCUCGCACCUUUCACCUCUCUCUACACCAAUACCCCCCAUUCCCCACCACCCCGCCGCCACGUCAUCAUCUCCUUCUCCGUCUCACCCUUCACCGAGAAGCACUCCACAGAGCGCUACCAGAGGGACCAAUGGGUCUACCAGAGCACCACUCAAGAGGGUCAACCUCAAACGACGCCGUUUCCUCCUCUCCCGUGCGAUUCAGCGUCCUUAAGAGACGACGACAUAGCGUUGCAGCUGCCAGAGCUGAAGAAGCUGCUUCAGGUUCUGAGGGAGAAGAGGGAGUGUAUCAAUGGAGAGGGUUGUGAGCCGGGGAAUGUGUUCUUGGUGGGAACGGGACCUGGGGACCCUGAGCUUCUCACUCUCAAGGCUGUGAGAGUCAUCAAGAGUGCUGAUCUUUUGCUCUAUGACAGGUUGGUGUCCAAUGAUGUGCUGGAUUUGGUUGGCCCCGGUGCUAGGCUUCUCUAUGUGGGCAAGACUGCUGGGUAUCAUAGCAGAACACAGGAGGAAAUACAUGAGCUUCUUUUGAGUUUUGCAGAAGCUGGGGCAACUGUUGUGAGACUUAAAGGGGGUGAUCCAUUGGUGUUUGGCAGGGGUGGGGAGGAAAUGGAUUUUUUGCAACAGCAAGGUAUCCAAGUGAAAGUUAUUCCAGGUAUAACUGCUGCAUCUGGAAUAGCAGCAGAGCUUGGAAUUCCAUUAACUCACCGUGGCAUUGCAAAUAGUGUGAGAUUCCUCACAGGGCAUUCAAGGAAAGGAGGAUCCGAUCCUCUCUUUGUAUCGGAAAAUGCUGCUGAUCCGGAUUCUACCUUGGUGGUUUACAUGGGCUUGGUGACCUUCCCUUCACUUGCACAGAAGCUAAUGCAUCAUGGUCUGUCCCCUCAGACCCCAGCUGCAGCCAUUGAGCGAGGAACCACACUUCAUCAGCGCACGGUGUUUGCUGAACUAAAGGACCUUCACGAGAAAAUUACAUCUGCUCAGCUGGUGUCACCAACGCUGAUUAUUAUAGGAAAAGUUGUUGAACUAUCACCAUUUUGGCCAAUUCCUACAAAAGAAGAAUCAUGUUUAAUGCAGGCAUGAUGGAUGUUGUCAAGAAAUAUUAUUGUGAAGCUUGGUGGCAAUGAAGGGUUACCUUGGUAAUGAAAGCUUGCACAGAACAAGGGGUAAUGAUAAAUGUAAUUUGGAUCUAUUCAGGACGGGGGAAAGUAAGCACGCUAUCUGAUGUUUAUGGAAAUGUAGAACUUCUGCCCUGCUUUUGGGCUAUCUAUUGGAGUGUUUGGCAUGGGCAGAGCUGUUUCAGAACCAAUUUUGAUUUUCCAUGUUCCAGAUUGGGAAUAAAACAAAGUAAUACACAGAUUUACUCAUUUUUAUAAAGAAAAACACAGGUUUCGACUGCCGCAGUUAUCUAAGUCAGGUAACUUGUUCCUUAGCCAUUGGAGAAAAUUUGUUCCAUAUGCUAUUUAGCAUCUUUCUUUCAGGAAGAAAUAUGGAGAUGAGUGUCAUGUCUGUGAUUUCACGUGUUCAAUUUAUCAAUGUUGCUAUUCAGAGCCAUUGAUUCUAUUUUUCAUUCAUGUUUUCUUGUAACUUGAUGUUAGAGAUACUGCCUUCGUCAUGUAAACUUGGUGGUUAUUAGCAUUCAGUUUUGGUUUGCAUGUGAUGUAUUAUAAUGUCACAGUAGUUAUGAAAUAAAAAUCAUGUAACUGAUGAUAUCUCUUGAACAACCGUGUAGGUUAUUCUUUGAAUUA